GCUCUACUCUAUGAUAGGCAAUGUUUUGUUGAACUGAAGUUUUCAUAAUCAUUUAUUUUUGUUUACAAUGUCUUCAGACGAUGAAUUUGAUUAUAUGUCGGAUAACUUCGUUACGAAGUGCGUCCCGCAGGACGUGCGCCCGGGCCUUAUCGGCAGCCACAGUGCGCAGCGUGCGGUGGACGUGCAAAGGAAGAAGCAGCAGACGGACGCCAAGAACAAGGAGUUGUUCCGCCCUCGGGAAGCGCUCGCCGCUGAACGCUUGCAGCAGGGCCUGUGCGAGGCGAUCGGCGGAGAUAACCGCGGCUUCGCGCUGCUCCAGAAGAUGGGUUACAAGCCGGGCACCGCCCUCGGCAAGACAGGCAGCGGCAGAAUGGAGCCGGUGCCGAUAGCCGUGAAGCUGGACCGCCAGGGGCUGGGGCGGGAGGCUGCGGCACGGCAGGUGGCGGCCGAGCGCGCGGCACUGCGGCAGCGUGCGCGGGCUGCCAGCACGCCCAGCGUGGACGACUACCGCUCGCAGCGGUCACGGCAGCACAGCGAGCGCCAGGCGGAGAGCGACCUUCGCUCCAGUCAGCGCGCCUGCCACCGCCUCGACACCGACGCAGGCUACAGCGAGCCGGUGGAGGAGUGGUUUUGGCCACGGGAGAUACUGGCUGAUGAGGUCGGGCCGGCCGAUGACGAGGAGCAGGUUGUUGAUGAAGACGAAGAUGAGGUAGAGGAAGAGGACUUCACGCCGAGCCAGCGGCUGGAGAUGGUGACGGGGUACCUGCGGCAGACCUACUGCUACUGUGUGUGGUGCGGCAUGCAGUACGACGAUGACAAGGACCUGCGCGACGGCUGUCCCGGCCCCACGCGCGGCGACCAUUGACAGCCCAUCACAUUCAUCCUUGUGACGUGUACAUACCUUUAUACUCCUUAUGUCGUGUAUUUAUGAAGCAAAUUUAACAGUGUGAAUUUAGUAGAACUCAUGUGUGUUCUGUACCUUACUUAGUUGUAAUAAUUUUAGUUUUUUUUUUUUGUGAUACAAUAUAAUGGGGGCCAUAUUUGGACUUGAUACAGAUUAUAAUAUUUUGUUAAUGUAUGUUUUAACUAGAUUUGGACCAAUGAAAAAUUAAAAUUUUUAAUAAUAGGCAGUUAAUUAUAGAUUUUUAUCAAUUAUUCAGAUAUGCAGUGCAUUGAUAAUUUGUAUAAUUACUUCCGUUUACUUUCUCUUAUAUUCGGAACAUUUUUAAUUGCAACGACGCAUGCUUACCUUACCGCAAAGCAGCCGUAUUCACUCACAAGGGGGGUCGCAGCUAUAAUGUGGAAUAUAAAAAUCCAACAUUUUUACCAUAAGGUCACCCUCAAAUUUGGGUCCCACCAUACAUCGAUCUUCAGAAGAAUCCUUUGUUUCGUGUUUCAUGUUUUUUUGGUUCAAUACGGCACUGGUAACCCUCGGUCCUCUUUUUGUCUGCUUUCUGAGUUACUUAAUUACUGGAAGGAGGGAGUGAGAUGGCAUUGUAGGACUCACUUCUCUCCCCUCCCCCCCAUUUUAUGGCCCCUCCUAACAAAAAUAUACCCAUAUAUAUUCCUUCCUGGCUAUUUUAUAUUUUUACCCAUCCUCAUAACCCUUACAGAAAAUUUUUUUUCACCAGUUCCUUCCAUAAAAAUGCAUGUGCACACAUGUUACAGUAUGCGAGAAUUAAAAAUUUGUGCGGGUCUAGUCACAGUUGCAUCUUCAAAACCUGUCAAAAUUGUGUACAGUGCCAGAUUACUGAUAUUUACAACGUUGAGAGAAGGGAUAACCAUAAACACCACCAUCCACGAUGCACUCACAGAAUGCAUGUGCGCAUGCAUACGCACUCGCACAAACAAACUCUGGCUGGUUUAUUUUUACAUUUUCUCCUUCAGCUAAAUGCGAGCCCACACAAGAGAGUUAUUUAUGAACAUACUUGAUGGCAUACUACAAUAAUUUUUUUUUUCCACUGAAAGUGAAAAACUCAUGUAAGAGUAGCACUACAUUUUUUUUAAACUAAAAGUCUGCAUAAAAUGUGCGAGACCAUUUGCUAGUGAACAUGGUACGGUCCAACAAACAAGAAUUGGGAUAUUCCCAUACAUCAAGAAAAAAAAUAAUUUAUGUCAAAUUAUUUACAAACAUGAUAAAUUAUUUUUAAAAAUUAUAAUUUGCAUUAAUCAGUGCUGUGAACAAUUUUAAGUGCAUGAUUUUUUUUUUUUAACUCAUUACAUUGUAAAUAAAUUUUGUGUGAUUUAGUCUAAAUUCUUUUUUGUAUUAUGUACCUUAAAAACAAAUGUUUUGUAGUAAUUAGAAAAAUAAAUUAUUUAUGAGAA